AUGAAUAAAGAGAGUUGCGGUCAAUACAGACCCCGACGAAGUGGUCGAGUGAUCGGUGGUGACGACGCGUCCAUCGAGGAGUUCCCGUGGCAGGUGUCCCUCCAGAAGUUCUCUAUCAACGGUAUUGUUCCCAUUCCUCACUUCAAGCACUUAUGCGGCGCAUCCAUCAUAAACCACGACUGGCUCCUCACAGCCGCUCAUUGUGUGGACGGUAUCGCAAACCAAAUACUUCCGAUGAACUUACGAGCUGUGAUUGGGACUGAUCUGUGGAGGAAUGCCUUAAUCCAGCCAUCCAUACAAAUACUGUCCAUCUCUAAGAUUAUAGUCCACGAGAACUGGGAUGAGAGCGCCGGCAAGAAUGACAUCGCAUUGAUUCGGACGAGUCGUCCCAUAAUAUUCAACGAGAAGGUCAACAGUAUUUGUAUUCCCGAUACUGAGCUCAACAUAACUAACAACGUUGUGGUCACCGGUUGGGGCAUGACUUCCGACCGAUCAUUAUUGGGUGGAGUACUGCCCAAUAGGCUCAAGAAACUGCACAUUCCUGUCGUUGAGAUGGAAAAGUGUCGCAAAAUUUAUAACUUUCAAACCUAUGAGAUAACUGACCGAAUGAUAUGCGCAGGGUCUUUUAGGAAUGGCCACUGUAUUGGCGCAUAUAUGGGCGAUUCCGGUGGACCCCUAAUCACUUACAUUGACGGUCGCGCCUAUCAAAUAGGUUUGGUUUCAUUUUCACUCCCCUGUCGCACCUAUAGUGCACCUGACGUUUAUACAAAAGUUAAUAAAUACUACAAAUGGAUUGAGAAAACUGUUGGCUAA